AUGGCCGCCCCAAUUCCCUCCCCCGGCGCCUUGCGUGCCCUCCGCGCCGCCAUCGCCCCCUACACCCGCCACACCCACCAAGUGCGCCACGCGACCCUCCUGCGCCGCCCCAAGCGACCCUACACCUUCACCCAGCUCAUCACCCUCUCCGACGGCUCCGCCUUCACCCUGCGCACCACAAACCCCCAGCCCGUCCUGAAGAGCGCAAAGGAUAUUCGCAACAACCCGCUCUGGAACCCCAGCAGCCAGAAGCUGCUGAACGUCGAGGAGGACGAGGCCGGCAAGCUCGCCGCCUUCAGGGCAAAGUUUGGCACAGGCUGGGACAGCGAGAGCGACAAGGCCAAGAAGGGCGACAGUCUCCUCGACAUCAUCGGCGGCGCCGCAAAGCAAGCAGACGCGCCGAAGCCAGCCUCUGCUGCGCCAACACCGAAGAAGAAGUAG